ACCAGGGAAAUGAGUGGCCCACUGAAACAGUGGCUCUACAGACACCGAGACACACCCUACCCCAGCAGGGCAGAAAAAUUGGAACUCAGCUGUCAAUCAAACAUGACCUUGACCCAGGUCUCCAACUGGUUUGCUAAUGCGAGGUUCGUUCAUUCAUUGGUCAAUGUAUCUUACGUUGCUGAAUGUAUGUGCUUGCGUGCGUGUGUGUAUGUGAGUUUAUACAAUCAGUUUAAAUGUCUUUUAGUGUGA